CCCAAUUUGGUCAUUACAGAGAGGCCUCCCCAACCUCAAGAUUCAAGAAGGGGAAAAUGAAAAGUGGAGGAAUCCACUCCAAAAAUCUCAUUCCAAUACGAGCGCACCGUAUUAAUGGACUGCGACGAUGAUUUCUUUGGUCUAAUCAUCACAUUAAUCCAUUUUCUCGCAGAGGCAUAGGAUAUAGUCGCCUUCCCCUCCAUCUCCCAUUUUUAGCUUUUUCUUCUCCUCCAAUAUCCAAAUCCUCAUUUCACCCCUCCCUAAAUCGAGAUCCCCCCUCAUUUAAUCGCUUCUCGCCAUGAAGAGCUGACGAAUUUGUCGACCCACUUUUGCUAAUUGGGAUUCUAGGGUUUGUUUUUGGGGCCGAUCCUUUUAUCCCUCUCUAGUGUUUGUUAUGGCGUCGAAUGGGCAGAGAAUAGAGCCUGCCUUGUUGGAUGACAUAAUCAAUCGGUUGCUCGAGUUCCGCAAUGCGCGGACUGUGCGUCAGGUGCAGCUCUCGGAGAAUGAGAUCCGCGCUCUCUGUACGACGUCGCGGGAGAUCUUCCUCUCUCAGCCUGUUCUUCUCGAGCUAGAAGCUCCGAUUAAAAUAUGCGGUGACAUUCAUGGGCAAUAUGGGGAUCUUCUUAGGUUAUUUGAAUAUGGGGGAUUUCCGCCAGAGGCUAAUUAUCUGUUUUUAGGGGAUUAUGUGGACCGUGGCAAACAUAGUUUAGAAACUAUAUGCCUUCUUCUUGCCUACAAAAUCAAAUACCCUGAGAAUUUCUUUCUCUUAAGAGGAAAUCACGAAUGUGCUUCCAUCAAUAGGAUAUAUGGAUUCUAUGAUGAAUGUAAACGUCGAUUCAAUGUUAGACUCUGGAAAGUUUUUACUGAUUGUUUCAACUGCCUUCCUGUGGCAGCUCUUAUAGAUGAUAAAAUACUCUGUAUGCAUGGUGGGAUUUCUCCUGACCUGACAGACUUGAAUCAAAUAAGAAAUUUACCACGUCCAUCUGAUGUCCCGGAUUCUGGUCUGCUUUGUGAUUUACUUUGGUCGGAUCCCAGUAGAGAAAUGAAAGGUUGGGGAAUGAAUGAUAGGGGAGUCUCAUACACAUUUGGUGCAGAUAAGGUGGCUGAAUUUUUGAUGCAGCGUGAUAUGGACCUUGUUUGUCGUGCUCACCAGGUUGUUGAAGAUGGAUAUGAAUUUUUCGCCGAUAGACAGCUAGUAACAAUAUUUUCUGCUCCCAACUAUUGUGGUGAAUUCGAUAAUGCUGGAGCCAUGAUGAGUGUUGAUGAGAGUUUGAUGUGCUCUUUUCAGAUUCUGAAACCAUCUGAUAGAAAGCGGUUCUUGUAGAAGCUAGUACGAUAACACCUCUCAUUUCUCCUUAACUGCCCAGAUGUGUCACUCAGAAGAAAUCGGCUUCCUAAUCUGUGUAGAAUGUAGAGACGGGAGUGUUCCAGUGCCAUUCAAGGCGAAUUAUUUGAUCUUGUUCGUCACUGUCCUGGGAUUCUCCAGAAAGGCUUAUUUCGUAAGCUAUGUAUUUUUAAUUUUCAUCACCUUUUCCUUUAAUUUUCUCUAUACUUCUUUAUGAUUCGACUGUGUAAAUACACUACACAUCUAUAUAUCGCAAUUACAAUUGUAGGUUGUUGCUGAUUUUAA